ACAUACACACACACACACACACAUCAUGUCUGCAGGACCGGCCUUUCUCUCCAACCUCUCGCUGUCCAUUCCACGCGGACCGGCAGUGUCGCGACAGACGCCUGCAGCGGUGACGGCAACGGGCGCAAGAGCCUCGGGUGAGCUCUCACCGGGCAAGGGCGUGCAGACCGGUCGCAUUCGCAAGUCGUCGCCUUUGGCUGCCGGUCCCAAUCCUAGCGUGAGACAGAAUCAGAGCCAAGACGAUGCUGGGAGUGGAGGCUCUGGAUCGGGCCAGGCUGGCUCUGCCACGGCGACUGCCGCGGGCGCAACGGGUAGGCGGACAAGCGGAGGCAAGGCCGCCGACGUGGUGGUGCCCAAGGGCCUGGGCGCUCUUCCUACGCUCACGCUCACGCCUGGUGACGGGACGAGCAACGGGCCGAUGAAGUCGCCGCGCCGCGGGCUGCGGCAUGACGGCACGUAUGUCGAUGGCGACUUUGAGAUCAGGACGUCUGGUGUGUACCUCCGCGACAAGACGCUGCAGGCGAAUCCGGAGGCCAACGCGCCGCCCAACAUUGACUUUUCGCAGCUGGAAGAGGUGGCGCUUAUCGGGCGCGGCGGGCAGGGCGUGGUGCGCAAGGUCCGGUACGUGCCGACGCAGCAGUUUAUGGCGCUCAAGACGGUGCCGAUCGCCGAUUCGGUGGCCGACGGCGUCAAGUCGGAGAUCCUGAUGGAGCUGACGGCGCUGUACAACUGCGCCUCGCCGCACAUUGUCAAGUUCUACGGCGCUUCGCACCUGCGCGGCCGCAUCCAGCUGGCCAUGGAGUACAUGAACGCCGGCUCGCUCGCCGAGAUCCUCUCGACCGUCGGCCGCAUUCCCGAGGACGUGCUCUCGGCCAUCACCCUCAGAGUCCUCAAGGCCUUCCACUACCUCCACGUCGACCGACGCAUCAUCCACCGCGAUAUCAAACCGUCGAACAUCCUGGUCAACACCGCGGGCGAGGUCAAGAUCUGUGACUUUGGUGUCUCUGGUCAGCUCGCCAACACGCUUGCCAUGGCCCAGACCCGGGUCGGAACGGUGACCUACAUGUCACCGGAGCGCAUCCGCUCACAGCCGCACUCGGCCUCGGCCGACAUCUGGUCGCUCGGCAUCACCCUCAUCGAGCUCGCCACCGGUCGCUUCCCCUACCCGCCAGACGUGACCAACUCGCCGCUGCAGUUCUGGUCGCUCCUGCGGCUGGUGGUCAACACCGACUCGCCGACCCUCCCAGAGCACUUUGGCUUCUCGCCCGAGUUCCACUCGUUCGUGGCGCUGUGCCUCGACAAGGACAUGGAGGCGAGACCGUCGGUCACCGAGCUCCUCUGGCACCCGUUCAUCUGCCUCGACACAAACGUAAGCGUCGACCAGGAGGCACUGCUCGCCAAGCAGACGCGCCUCAUCCGCAAGUGGGUCGCCACCACAGACCCGCUCCAGCGCGAAGUGACCAAGAUCGAGGCCGCCAUCCUCGCCAAGGAGUCCAAGCAGCGCGCUCUCGCCCGCCGCGGCUCCCACGGCCGCCGCCGCAAGGACACCUCCUCGGGCUCGGUCGACUCGAACAAGCUCUCCACCCUCUCGGCCAAGCGCCUCUCGCGCUCGCACAUCCGCGUCCCCUCGUCCGGCCUCUCGCUCCCCUUUGUCGCCGACGCAAACUAUGUCGCCGACGCCCGCCUCUUGCAAGAAGACGGCAUCCGCGGCGAGGCCGUCUUUCUCACCUGAGCCCGCGCCAGUUCCACACUCGGCACAUCGGACUUUCCUUUACUCCCGCAGCCUACGCCAUCGAAAACGAGUGCAUGCAGUUGAUAGCAAGUGCAAACGAGACACAAGCCAUGACCACUCCGAACGUGAGCGUCAGCCGCGUGCC